UGGGUUGGGCAUGCUCAGGUUGGAAUUAUCACCUCUUCCUCUUGUUGUUCCCAGUCGCUCGUUUUUCUAUCUCUUUCUGCUGCCUGCUCCUGGCCUCGUGUGUGCACCUCUGUCCCGAUCCUCGUCCUCGAGUCCCAUGGCUCCUCUGCUUGGACUGUCUCUGAUCCUGUUGUGCUCUGCUCUCAGAUGUCGCUGUGGCGGAAUAUCGCAUCGCUCCGCCUCCUCCACCAAUCAAAGCCGAGAGCCCCGUUCCUCCCGACCCUCCUCCACGACUUCCUUCUCUUCCUUUCAGUCCCGAGGAUGCAGAAGAAUCUGUGGAGAAGUCGGCCCUGCCUGCUGAGGAUGGAGAAGGGACGGUGAGGACAUGGCAGUGGAGGUUGGGAGCAGGGGAUGAGCAGAAAGGAGACGCGAAAAAUAUAGAAAAGGAGGAGACGGAAAGGAGGAGAUCAAAUGAAGAUGAGGGGUGGUCGACUGGUUUUCACUGCAUCUUUAGGAGGAGGAAGUGGCCGGUGGUGAUGUCGAAGAGAAAGUCGAGAAGCCAGAAGUCGUUCCCAGUCAAACCAAAGACAUCAAGAAGAGCCCGAGCCUGACGAGACAUGUAAGCUGAUACAAUGCUCGUCUGUCCCGCUCCUCCCUCCCUGCUCUCUCAUGUGCAGUUAUUUUGCUCUCGAUCUUUGUGACGUAUGCUGUCCUGUGUGACCGGGUAUUGUACUUUUGUUUUUAUCCUACCUUCUUCUCCUACUCUGGUUGACUCUCGUUUACACAUCCUGUCUUCAGUCCUCAAGCAACUACAGCCACAUCAAGUCGAG